GACGUCUAAGAUUUAGUCAAGUUCACAUGCGCUUGGCGAGCGAUAAUAUCGAAUCAACCUCUGAUCGACACUGGUACAGCAAUGGUCCUUUGGGAAGAACAUCACCCGGCGAUACAUGCACAGCUCGACGCAAGCGCUAGGUGUUUUUGAGGUAGACCUGCAUGAUCUUUGGUAUAAGUUAAUUGCCAUCGCCAAAGUCACACCGGCAAAGGAUGCAGAAGCGGACCGGAUUGUUGCGCAGGUCGUGCGCCUGCGCGAACUCGGGCCUUUGACGCACAAGGAUACUGGCAAAGAAACAGUGAUGAGUAAUGGACAACGAUUAUGGUCAGAUCUACCAUUUCUAGAAGAGGAUUUGUACAAGGCAUGGACUGAUGGGCUACACACAAUGACACCAUCGCAGAGAGAGAACCUUGCCGGCUUCAUGACCCGUCUUGUGGGGAGCAAUGCCUGUGGUGAUGGGAUUGCGUCUUGUGCCUUGCGUCUCUUUCGCGCAGCCCUGGAGACCUCUGAAGAGUCACCAUCAACCGAUGGGCCUGCGUCUGAAUAUCUCCUGUCGGCACUCUUCACUUGGCUUUACUGGGGGAGUUUCAAGAUUUGGAAGCUGAGUGUAUUUGGGGCGCCUCUCACCCCAGAGGCUAGGCUGAAUGCCAUGGAUUCGAACUGGGGCGAUGUUGGAGACUUGGGUAUUGCCGCCGGAGUAGAAGAGAAGGGAUUUAUUGAGAAACGACUGCGGUUUUGGAUCACACGUCUUGAAGGCAUUGCGGCGCAUGUAGCUGAGAAGGACAGCACACUGAGCGACAUGUGUAAGUGGUCGGCUGCAUUGUUGUCUCAGUGGUAUGAUACAAUGAAUAGAGGGUAA